AAUGGCCAAAUACGAACCAGAACCAUUCAAGAUUAAAGCCACAGAACCUAUUAGGCUAAUUACAAGAGAAGAAAGAGAAAAAGUUCUACAAAAAGCUUAUUUUAAUACCUUAAACAUGGCUUCCUCGGAUAUUUUUAUCGACCUCUUAACCGACUCUGGAAAUUCAUCCAUGACUGAUAGACAAUGGUCGGGUUUAAUGAUGGGAGAUGAAUCCUACACUGGAAGUCGAAGUUUCUUCCGUUUAGAAGAAGUUGUACAAUCAUUAACAGGUUAUAAACACGUUCUCCCAGUUCACCAAGGUCGUGCUGCCGAAAAUGUUGUGUUUCCUUUGUUAAUUAAAAAAGGGCAAGUUGUCAUAGGAAAUACAAACUUUACUACAUCGAAGGCACAUAUUCAAAUCAACCAGGGCAUAUCCUUAGAUUUUAUAAGUUCGGAUUCUCUAAAUAUAUCAGUUGAAAAAGAUUUUAAAGGAAACUUGGAUACUGAUCAAUUAUUGACAUACUUAAAAGAAAACGGAUCGCAGAAUGUAGCUUUCAUAAUGAUAACUAUUACUAAUAAUAAUAUUGGAGGUUUACCAGUUAGUAUGCAAAAUAUAAAAGAAGUAUCUAAAAUAGCAAAAGAACAUGGAAUUCUAUUAGUAUUUGACGCUGCUCGUUUUGCUGAAAAUGCCUAUUACAUUCAUGAAAGAGAGGAUUCUUUUAAAGAAAAAAACUUGAAACAAAUUAUUCUUGAAAUGUUCUCGUUUGGAGAUGUUGUCCUUAUGAGUGGAAAGAAAGAUGCUGCAGUAAAUAUAGGUGGUCUUAUUGUUGUUAAAGAUAAAGUGGAUUUGUACGAAAGUGCAAAAUAUGCCAUGAUACCUAUAGAAGGUUUUCCCCAAUACGGAGGUCUUGCUGGAAGAGAUAUGGAAGCAUUUGCAAUUGGUUUGGAAGAGUCAACUCGAUAUGAAUUUCUCCAGCAACGCAUUAAACAAGUUGAAAAUUUAGGUAAGCAACUAAUAGCUGCAGGAAUACCUAUACAAAAACCUAUUGGCGGUCACGCCAUUUAUUUGGAUGCGAAGAAGAUCCUCCCCCAUAUUCCACCUUGUGAAUUUCCAGCUUUGGCUCUAUGCAUACAUUUAUACUUGGAAAGUGGAAUUCGUGGCAGUGAAAUGGGUUCUUUUAGUUAUGGUAGAGGCCCCAACGGUGAAGAUGGAAUCAGCCCCUGCGAAUUUUUAAGAUUGUGCAUUCCAAGAAGAGUCUAUACUGAUAAUCACAUGAGAUAUGUAGCAGAUAACGUAAUAAAAGUGUGUGAGAAACGGCAGGAAAUCAAGGGUCUGAAACUUAUUUUUGAAACCAAAUACCUUAGGGAUGCAACGUCCAAAUUGGAAUUUAAGCUUUCGGGCUACUAUAUGAAUAAGUAUGCCAGAAACUCUAGUUUGGAGAAUUUCCUUAAUAAGUAUCCUUAUUUGUUCCGUAGAAACAUGCAAGCUUGUCCUCGAAAUCUCCCACCUGAGUGGAAUUUAGUAGAGACCCUGAAAGGCAAUUGUUACGCUUAUAAAUCACUUUUACCAGAACAAAGAUUUCCUAAAGGAGCAGCUGAUGUUUGUCAAACAAUUAAUGGAAAGUUAGCAUCAUUCCACUUAGACCAAGAAGGAGGAACUCAGGUAAUGAAUGAUGCUGUAGCAAAGAAACAUCUUCUCUCCAGUUGGAUCUCCAAUGAUAUUCCAUCUUAUCUAUUCUUCAUUGAUUUGAAAAAAGAAAGUGAUGGUACAAAUGUCUGGAGCAACGGAGAUGAAUUUAUUCCGGCUGAUGGAAACGUUAAAGAUAUGGAAAAGACAAGUGGUAAAGAAGCGAAAGAUUACCUACCAAAUUCAUCAGAGAGAAUAUCAUCAAUGUAUUAUGGAACGAGUAAGGAAUUUGAAAAAAUUCAUAACGUUAUUUGCCAAAUUCAGGCCAUAAAUGACAAUAAGAGUUUGAUAAAUAGUGACUCUUUAAAGAAUAAUCAAACUAUAGCAACUAAACAAGCUAAACCAAAUGGAGUUGAGAAUGCUGGUAAUAACGUUAAAAAACUUAUUGAAAGUAAGCUAGUGGACAUUCAUUCAGAAUUAUAG